AUGGAGCGAGCUCAAGCUUUUACAGUGGAAACCUUUAUAGAGAAUUGGAAUGGAGAUUUCACUAAUUAUGCACUUACGGCUGCAGACUUCAAGAAGCCGCAUGCGUUAAUGGGUGCUUUGUUUCAAGUAUUCGACCGCCUUGGAAUUGAUAGAGAUGCAGUGUUGUCUCCUCCACCUGAGGAAGCUCGUAAUGAGCACAUAAUUUACUAUUGGGAUCUCCUUCCUGUUGUAAACAUGACUCGGGUCAUUAACCAUCUUGUGUCGGUGAUGCCGCAAGUUGAUGCAACUAUCAGUGUCACACACUUCCUUCAGCCGACAACCACUACAUCACACUCUAUACUGUUAUUACUGUUUAAUUUAAUGGUGUUCAAUGAAGAACGUCUGAGGGAAAUUGCACCUAAUGAAGAGGAAUUGUUUGCCAAAACUGAUGAGGUGAAAGCAUUGGAAGAUCGUAAAAACAGACUCUUAGAGAUGUUAAAUGAGCAAGCUGAGGAGAAAGGAAAACGUGCAGAGAGACUGGAGAAGUUGGAUGAAGAGAUGAAACAGUUGGAAGAAGAACUGAAACAAGAAAAAGAUGCUCAUGAUGAGGAGAGGCUUGAACUGGAUCCAAUCUUAAAGGAGAACCAUCAAUUAGAAGUAGUUUUAGAACAAAAGAAAGCACUCAAAGAAGCUCUGAUUGCUGAAGUUGAACGAAAGCAAGCGUUAAGGGUCUAUGAUGCAGGCGAUAUCAAGGCACAGGCUGAGCAAGCUGCUCAAAAUGUACAAGAAGCAGAGGAGAAGUUGAAUUCACUCAGAGCUUUACUCAUGGAGAAAGAGAAUAGCUUGAAGAACUUACAGACAAUUAAGCCCAGUUUGGAUACUGCCUAUAAUCUUUUGAGGGAAAUUAUGAAAUUGUCUGUAAGUUUAAAAGAUUGUGAGUCAGGAGAUUUAGAUUCGGACAGCAAAGAGGGCCAGUUGGGUGUUCUUAACACGGAGAUGUCAGAAUUAGAAGCGCAGCUGGCUGAGAUUCAGACGGCUAAGUCCGCUGCACGCGUCAAACGACAAGACGCUCACGAUCGUAGGGUACAUGAACUCACUUCUGCACAAACUGCUUUGAAAGAUGCUGAAGACAAGGAUAAAAAAUGCCAGGAUCGAUGUAAGAAAGCCAUUCAACGAACAGAGGAAAUUAAACAAAUAACCACUAAGUAUGAACAAGAAAAGAACAUGGGUAUGGAAGAGUUAGCUAAGAUACAAAACGACUUCACUAAUGAGCUGAAAACAGUGGAAGAUGCUUUACUGAAGAAGGCGAUGGAAGCCGAAAAAAGGAUAGAAGAUAAAUUAAGAAAUCGAAACUUGUGA